AUGGAAGCCAUUGGAGCGGUAUCAUCAAUAUUCGCGAUCUAUAACCAGCUAGAGAAAUGUGGUAAACGAUUGCACCGCCUCAAGCAUACCUUCCAAUUCGCCAAGCAAGAGGUCAAUCUUCUCGCAGAUGAGGUAUCCGCUUGCAAGAGCCUGUUUGGGAUAUUCAGCCAUAUUAGUGGCCCUCUGGACAACAGGGUCAUGAAACUCGCUCGCCAGCAAAAGCUGGAAGAGACUCUCAAUUCCCAAGCCACUUUCGCUUUUGGACAAAUCGGUGAAAUUUUUCUGAAGCUUGGGCCUUUAAGAAAACAAAGCAAUGCUAGUCGAUUUGAACAGCUUAUCGCAAAGCUUCGGUGGCACUGGAUGAAGGAUGAGGUCCAGCUUCCCCUUAUCACGCUGGCCAGUUUCAAAAUGACGCUAACAGCGCUUAACUGUCUGCUCAUUCUCGAUUUCCGUUUGAGAGAAAUGAAGAAACCAUCUGUCUCAAAAAGCGAAAUGAAAUCUCUCAAGAUGCAAAUGUGA